AAUAAUUUCCAAAAUUUGCGAACACGUGUCGCCAUAAUGAAUAAGAAAUUUAUGUGAAUUAUUUAUAUGUUAACAUUUGGAUAUAACGAUCUGUUGUGUUACGAAGUUAUAUUAUAAAGCUGAACAAGUUAACAUUGUGGCGGUACUUACAGUCAUGGGACACUUCGUGCACGGAUUGGAGUUUUUAUUGUGCUUAUUCUUAUUUCUACAUAAAGGAAUUUCAGUUUAUUCUCAGGGAGAGAUUCAGGCUCCGAAUUUUAACGUUCCUGCCGUCAACGUAACAGCCGUGUCGGGCCAUACCGCCAUCCUGCCAUGCACUAUACAGCACGUCGGCGACCGCAAGGUAGCGUGGAUGGACCCUAAGUUAAAGCUGUUAACAGUAUCAGACCAGCGAAUCAUCGUGGAUCAGCGGAUAUCGAUUGAGCGGCCGUUCACGCGCGAUUGGAACCUGCAUAUUCGUCAGGUCCGCCGCAAUGACAGCGGCGAAUACCUCUGUCAAAUCAACACACAACCUGUCAAGAGCACAAAGAUUCUGCUCAUUGUGAAUGAGCCUCCUAUAAUUCUUGACCACGCCGGGGACCAGACGGUGCGGGAAGGAGAGACCGUGGAGCUCUGGUGCCGUGUAGGCGGGGAACCACUUCCAUCGGUCACGUGGUACAGGAAAAACAAAAAUGAUCACGGGAAGGCAACCGAAGUGAUCGGCGCGGCUGGUGACGGUCUGAAGAUCCACAACAUAUCCCGUUACUGCGAAGACGAUUACGAAUGUGUGGCCGACAACGGCAUAGAGCCUAUCGCCACACAGAUGAUGACCGUCACCGUGCAAUUCGCACCGGAGGUGAGAUUGCUGAGCCAGAAGUUGAGCCAAGCAAAGGGUAAAGAGACCAUCCUUGACUGCACUAUCACGGCUAACCCUCACGCGUACAGUGUAUGGAAGUUUCGAGGCCAGGAGCUGGCCAACAACGCUAAACACGGCAUUUCUAUCUACAAUGACGACCUCUACACAAAGACACUCUCGCUGCGGGUUGGGAAUCUUAAUGACGAGGAUUUCGGCAAAUACAAAUGCUACGCUGAGAACAUAUACGGUAGUGAUGAGGAGUCAUUCCUAUUAUAUGAAUUUAUUGAGCGGCGACACCCUCAAACGACCUCCACGACAGAGCGGUCACCAUUAGAGGUGGACCGGCCCCCGAAGCAUCGUCAAGACGAAGUAAUCUACGUGAACAACAACAGAAAAAAUCCGGUCUACUCCACCCCUUACUGGAACAUGAACACGCCAUAUAACAGACUGGGCAAUGCGGACGCAGCCCGAGGACUAUCAGUGGCCACAGCUAACCGCAUGACUCCGUUAGUUACUCUGCUCUCAUUGACUGUAUUCAAUGCGCUCAGAUAGCGGAUUUGUGACUGCAUUAUUAAUACACAUAUAUUUGUGUACUUGGUGUUUUCAAAGAAUGUUUUAUUAUGCAAAAUGUGAUCUUAAAGUAUUAAGCGAGAUUUUUGUCAGUAGAAAAGAUCUUUCUUUAACGUGAUCACAUGACAGUGACAAAGCAACUGG